AUGGAAGUCAAUCUCAACUACUUCCAGGCACAGUUCGCUGUAGAUGAUCAUUUUCUAUCUGACAUCCAUGGUGUGCCCAACGAAUCACUCCUCGACAGCCCCCUGAUUGCAACUGGCUGGCCUCGCGAUGACGGCGUUGGCUGGCCCACGUUCAACAAUAAUGAUCUCCAGGACAUGCUUGACACUUUUGGGCGAGAAAGCAUCUCGGAAAUCCUGCCUAUUGACUCAACUGGCCGCCUUGGUCUCAAUACUGCUGAUAAUAGUCCAUCAUGGUCACAUUCUAGCCAGCCUGAAGGCUUGGAAGAGUUGACAUUCGAUCAAAAGCCCGACUUUUCCUCUCAACUUUUUGGGUUCUCGGGCGAGUCCGACCCGUUCCUCCUGCGAAAUUAUCCGUACGACGAAUCAGGUGAAGUGAAGUUCUUCCGGCUUAUCUACAGAAUGGCAUCCAAUACAGCUGCUGGCCCCGAAUCCGACAAUACAGUUCCUCCCGAAGCCCAACAGGGGACGAGCUUGGCCGGAGCCGUGCCUGUUUACUUUCUGCAAAACCAUAGCCAAACAGUAUCUCGGUCUUUGCAAGCCGUCGAAAAGUGCUUAUUCGACCAAGGCAAAUGCACUCCAAGAAUCCAACUCGACAAUCUCCGGGUUCCCCUGCUAAUGGUUCAAAGGUAUUUUCGGUACAUCUUUCAUGCACUCCCGGUUCUUUCUCGGUCCUUCGUUUUUCGAGACAUCGAAGCCUUCGUGAAAAAUGCCUCAGUUGGGCUUCUUGCUGCGAUAUACGCACUUUCACUACAAUUCACAGCAUGGGAUGACGUUCUUUGCGUUGACAGCGGCUAUACCAAACCAUCCACGGAUGACCUGUGGGGCAUAUCAUAUGCCUGUUUGCAGAGAGAGAUGCACUUCCCACGCCUAUCAACAAUCCAGACUUCUCUUUUACUCCUCAACUUCGACCCUUUCGAUCCGGCUUCCGCAGAGAAUCCUUCGGCGUGGGUUUUAGCAAGCUCAACGUUAGCUAUUGCUCAGUCUUUGGGUUUGAAUAUGAACCCUAUAGGUUGGGAUCUACCCACCUGGGAGAUUCGCCUCCGGCGACGCCUGUGGUGCUGGAAUGUGACCCCUCUCACCCUGGCUGACUUUGAAGUCAACUUGAAUCCUGGAGCUGGGCUUGGGGUGGGUGAUGUUUGUCCGGAUUACUUUAUGCAUCUUAGUUCACUCACGAUCAUUGCCAACAAUUUGUGCCGGACUUUCUUCUCUCUCCACUCUGUCUACCAACAACAGCCUUUGAAUAGCUUGAUAGAUCAGGCUCGGGUGUUUCGCCAGCAACUACAUCAGUGGAUCGGUGCGCUGCCAGAGUCACUCCAGAUGCCAGCACCAACGCAGACACACUCGGAAACCGAGGAAGAACCAGUCGAUACCCGCGGUAGCUUGCACAUCUCAUACUUUACAGUUCAAAUCCUGCUCUUCCGCGCCCUUUUACGGCCAAUUCUCGACGACAAAAUACCGCUAGACCACCUUCAACCAUCGGUUGCCGCCAUCCUAGACGCAUCGCGAGGCUUGAUCCGCGCCGUGACUCGUUUCAUCUACAGCCUCGAUGCUAGACAUCAAUCAGUCUUCUGGCCGACUUACACGAGAUCAUGCUUCUCUUAUCCAGGGCAAUUCAGUUUCAUGUUGUGUUUCCAGCAUAGAGAGCCGCAUAUGAUGAUUAAUGACCAAAAGCUCUUGGCUGUUUGGAGACAAACAUUGCGUACGCGCGCUCCGUCUUGGCCACUUCUUCGUUUUGCGGCCAUUCGAGUUGAUGGCAUCUUUUGGAAAAACUUGGUCAAUGUCGCGGCUGCUUCUCACACUGUUGAUACAUCAACAUGA